AUUUGGCAGCACUGUCAGACUCUGCUCAUCUGUUGCUGGCGUGUAUUUUCUAACCAAACAAGUUCCCGAAAUUGAAAAAUAUUCUGAUAUUUAAUUACAGCACUUGUUCAAAAAUAAUGGCUGAAGCAAUGCGUCAAACCGUAGCUGAAAUGCUAAAAGGCAUUGAAAGAUACAAUCCAGAACACUUGGCAACUUUGGAAAAAUAUGUUGAGAUACAAUCAAGAGAAAAUGCAUAUGACCUGGAAGCCAAUUUAGCUGUUUUGAAAAUGUAUCAACUAAUUCCACAAAACUUUAAUAUGGACAUCACUUGUCAAAUACUAUUGAAAGCAUUGACAAAUCUUCCACAUACAGACUUUGUUCUCUGCAAGUGUCUCCUCAAUGAACGAAAGAUGCAGGAAAGUCCUAUCAAUCAAAUCAUGUAUUUAGGAGACAUUUUGGAACAGUGUGACUUCCAGCAUUUCUGGGACAGAGUUCUUUCCAUGUCUGAUCUUUGCGACAAGAUCGUGGGAUUUCAAGACUCUAUAAGAAAAUUCGUUUGCCACGUAGUAGGAAUCACAUUCCAAACAAUAGACAGAAAUCUGUUAGCACAACUCCUCGGAGGUGUCGAUGAUACCACAUUGAGACAUUGGGUAAAAAAGUAUGGAUGGAAGGAAGAAAGCAAAUCCAUUAUUUUUAUCGCCAGCCAGGAUGAGAAUAUUAAAACGAAAAAUAUUACAGAGAAAAUCGAUUUCGAAAAUGUUGCUGGUUUAAUGGCUGCUUGCCUUUAAUACCUAAUUUGUAACUUAAAUAAAAACCAGUUUUAAAGAAAAUAAAAAUCUUUUGCUCUCUUUUCAUAGUAUAA